AUGGGCUGCAUUUGCUCAAAAGGAGCAUCAGAAGAUGGAGAAGACGUUUCUUAUCAUCGUGGGAAAGGAAAUGAAUACUGGAACAAAUCUUCUUCUGUACAAUUGAUUGCUCCUUUGCCUUCAAGUAAAGACGAUUUUUCGCAUAAAGCCGUUGAUGGAAGCUCUGGUGGUGGAAGAAGAGCAAGUGGUUUGAUUGUUCCUAUUGAUGAUAGUCAUGAUGGUAAAACAGUUAUUGUAGAGAGACCUUCAAGGUCUCAUCGAGGAAGAAGAGUUUCAGAUAAUGGCAGAGGAGGAUUGAUUAUUUCGAAUGUUCCUCGUAGCGCAGAAGCAGAGCUUAUUGCAGCUGGAUGGCCUUAUUGGUUAACCUCUGUUGCUGGUGAUGCCAUUAAAGGUUGGAUUCCUCGCCGUGCAGAUUCCUUUGAGAAGCUUGACAAAAUUGGACAAGGGACUUACAGUACGGUGUAUAAGGCUCGGGAUCUUGAGACCGGUAAGAUAGUGGCGAUGAAGAAGGUUAGGUUUGCUAAUAUGGAUCCAGAAAGUGUGAGGUUUAUGGCAAGAGAAAUCAACAUUUUGCGAAAACUCGACCAUCCAAAUGUUAUGAAACUUGAAUGUCUUGUCACUUCAAAGCUAUCAGGUAGCUUGCAUCUUGUGUUUGAGUACAUGGAGCAUGACCUUUCAGGCCUUGCUCUUAGGCCUGGUGUCAAAUUCACUGAGCCUCAGAUCAAGUGUUUUAUGAAACAACUGCUUUGUGGACUUGAGCACUGUCAUAGCCGUGGAAUACUUCACCGCGACAUCAAGGGUUCUAAUCUUUUGGUUAACAAUGAUGGAGUUCUCAAGAUUGGAGAUUUCGGUCUGGCGAGUUUUUAUCAACCAGACCAAGGACAACCGUUGACUAGCCGUGUAGUAACCUUGUGGUAUAGAGCACCUGAGCUUCUACUGGGAUCUACAGAGUAUGGGCCUGCCAUUGAUCUCUGGAGCGUUGGUUGCAUUCUUGCAGAACUCUUUGUAGGUAAACCAAUCAUGCCGGGAAGAACAGAGGUGGAGCAAAUGCAUAAGAUCUUUAAGCUGUGUGGUUCACCAUCUGAAGAUUUCUGGGAAACAACAAAGCUUCCACAGGCGACAAGCUACAAACCGCAACAUCCUUAUAAGCGUGUCCUUCUAGAGACGUUUAAGAAUUUACCGUCUUCUUCUCUAGCUCUACUGGACAAGCUACUAUCUGUGGAACCAGAGAAGAGAUGCUCAGCUUCUUCCACUCUAAUGACCGAGUUUUAUACAACGGAGCCACUCCCAUGUCACAUAUCAAGUUUGCCUAAAUAUCCGCCAAGCAAGGAACUCGAUGCAAAGGUUCGGGAUGAAGAAGCAAGAAGGAAAAAAGCAGAAGCUGUGAAGUGGCGUGGACACGAAUCCGUGAGAAGAGGUUUAAGAGACAAGGCAACACCAGAGUUCAUUGCUUCAGGGCAUUCUAAUGUCUCAAUCAACACCCCGGCGUUCAAGAAAGAAAAUGGAAGAUACGACAAAGAAAAGAGGUUUUCUGAUACCAAUUCAAUGGUUCAUCCAAAUGUAACCGCAACCUGGAAUAAGAAUGAAACCUCUAGGAGCAGUGUAGGCGAAGUGAAGGCUAGUCGGUCCAACAACAUGCCCGUUACAAUGGGAGACUACUUAACUAGCGCUUCACAGAAAGAAAAUGUAGCUUGCAGAGAACCCACAACGACAUACAUGCGAAAGAAGAACCGAAUGCACUAUUCGGGUCCAUUGAUGCCUCCUGGUGGUAACAUUGAAGAGAUGAUGAAAGAUCACGAGAGACGGAUCCAAGAAGCUGUACGCAAGUCGCGCCUCGAGAAAUCUGCAACAAAGAAGAACAAAGAUAUCCCAGUCAAAGCAUGUGCUUAG